AGAGUCUAAGUGGGCGGGGAGCCGCCCCGCGCCGCCUGCUCAUGUUUCUGCAGAGCCGAGUGUCCCGCCUCCUGGCACAGCUGCGCGCAGCGGGGCAGCUGCUCGGCGCCCCGCGCCCCUGGCCCGGCCCCUCGCCGGGUGCCACGAGGACCCGCAGUAGUGCGUGCGGUCCCCCGGCGUCCCUGAGCGCGCACCACCCGCGCGCGCGGACCUCAGCGGGAGUUGGGGCUUGGGGGGCGGCGGCGGUGGGGCGGAAAGCCGGGGUGCGCACCUGGGCCCCCCUGGCCAUGGCGGCGAAGGUGGACCUGAGCACCUCCACCGACUGGAAGGAGGCAAAAUCGUUUCUGAAGGGCCUGAGUGACAAGCAACGGGAGGAACAUUACUUCUGCCGGGACUUCGUCAGGCUGAAGAAGAUCCCGACGUGGAAGGAGACGGCGAAAGGGGUGACCGUGAAGGUGGAGGAGCCCAAGUACAAGAAGGACAAGCAGCUCAACGAGAAGAUCUCCCUGUUCCGAGGUGACAUCACCAAGCUGGAGGUGGACGCCAUCGUCAACGCCGCCAACAGCUCCCUGCUCGGAGGUGGCGGCGUGGACGGCUGCAUCCACCGGGCCGCCGGACCGCUGCUCACCGACGAGUGCCGGACCCUGCAGAACUGUGAGACCGGCAAGGCCAAGAUCACCUGUGGCUAUCGGCUGCCGGCCAAGUAUGUCAUCCACACGGUGGGACCCAUCGCCCACGGAGAGCCGAGUGCCAGCCAGGCUGCCGAGCUCCGCAGCUGCUACCUGAGCAGCCUCGACCUGCUGCUGGAGCACCGGCUCCGCUCGGCGGCGUUCCCCUGCAUAUCCACUGGAGUGUUCGGGUACCCCAACGAGGCGGCAGCCGAGGUAGUGCUGACCGCUUUGCGCGAGUGGCUAGAGCAGCACAAGGACAAGGUGGACCGGCUGAUCAUCUGCGUGUUCCUGGAGAAGGACGAGAACAUCUACCGAGAACGCCUCCCCUACUACUUCCCGGUCGCGUGAUGCUGCCCACCCUGACCAGGACUGACUCCCCUGGGCCUGCCGGACCACGCUCCCAGCUCUAAGUCUCCGAAGCCUGCAGUGGGGCCUGGCGGGGCCACCCUAUUCUGCCCCUACACCCUCCGCCCUGUCAGGAGCCUAAUAAAGACCACUACUGCUGCA